CUUGCUGCUGCCCACGCCGUGACGCCGCCACCACGCGAGAGCGGCGAGACCCAUCUCGCAGACCCACGCGACACCCACACCUACCACACGACACCCAUCUCGCCAUGACGCCGCUGCUGGCUUUGAUCUUAAAAGCAAUGCCAGACUUCUAUCAAAUGAUACCUUUUUAAAUAUUUUAUGAACAGGCAUUGACUUGCAACUCAGUCUGAUGAGCGCCUAUACAUAUGUUUGUGCAAUCAAAGCUCCUGGUUUUGGGGAAAAUAGAAGAGCAAACUUAGAUGAUCUUGCCAUUCUUACCGGGGGAGAGGUUAUCACUGAAGACCGUGGUUUAACCCUUGACAAAGUUCAAUUUGAAAUGCUUGGAACUGCAAAAAAGGUGUCUGUCUCUCUUGAUGACACAAUAAUUCUACAUGGGGGUGGGGAUAAGAAGCUGAUUGAAGAAAGAUGUGCAGAGGCACCUUCAUUCACAAUAGCCUCAAAUGCUGGUUUUGAUGGUGCACUGGUUAUUGGCAAAUUGUUGGAACAAGAUAAUCAUAAUUUGGGUUUUGAUGCUGCUAAAGGUGGAGGAGAGAAUCAUAGAUCCUCUCAAAGUGGUUAGAACAGCUUUAGUCGACGCUGCCAGGAUUUGCUCCUCUUCACCUCUAAAUCUAUCAAAAGGGCCGCUUUGCAAGCUAUCAGCAAUGACCAAGUUUCUGUUCCCAGCCUUGUAACAGCUGUAUUUACUCAUGAUCUUUGGUUGGAUCACUACGAGUGCUAUUGUCAGCUGUUUGAAGAUGUCUAUGCCACUUGCAGAAGGACAACUCUGUAGUUGGUUGGCUUCUCUGCUGGGAGGUGACAAAUGCAAUUUCAAAGUGAACAUUGAGUUGGAGCUUGGAUUUGCCCAGAGUCUGCGCAUUAUCAAGAUGCCUGAAUUGAUGGAGUGCUUGUUGAUCAAUACCACCGUUUGGCUAGGCCACUGGUGAACUCAUGAGAACGAGGUUGCCCCAGAACUCUCAACUGGUUAAGCUUGUUUGCUGCCAAACUGAUUUGUGGGGUGGAUAGAAGAGUCCUGCCGAUCUCUGAGCCUCUACUAUGAGAUUCAAUGUUUUGUGAAUAGCAAAUUAAAUCUUCAAAAUAUUGUCAAUAUUCUUACCUUACAAUUAACAAAAAAAGAAAAAAAAAUCUAUAUAAUUUUGAGAUCGCAUUUGAAUAUAUAAUAUAGUUUUUUU